GUCUCCGAGUUGGUGUCGCACUUAAUCAUUCGUUUGAAAAUGGUUGAUUUUGGAGCGAUUUUGCGAACUAUUGGCGACUUUGGUUUGUUCCAGAAAAUCAUCCUUCUUGGGUUAACCCUCCCAAAUGUCUUCUUGCCCCUUUUCUUUUGUAGUUUUCUUUUUAUGGAGUCAGAUCCAGAUAGACACUGUAACACAGACUGGAUCCUUCAGGCGGACUCUAACCUGACCAAAGAUGAGCAGCUGAACCUGACUCUGCCCCGAGAGGAUGACGGAACCUUCAGCAAGUGUCAGAUGUUUGUCCCUGUGAACUGGUCUAUUGGUUCCAUCAGGGAGAACGGACUCAAUGAGACCACAGGGUGCCAGAAUGGAUGGGUGUACUCCAGAGCGCUGUAUGAAGCCACCGUUGUCACUGAUUUUGAUCUCGUCUGUGACAAGUCGUACAUGGCUGAGGUUGUGCAGGCGAUCUUCAUGUCUGGUUUACUUGCUGGUUCAUUCAUCUUUGGACCAACAGCUGAAUCGUACGGCCGCAGGAGAACCACCCAGCUACCAGUCGUGCUCUUGCAAAUAUUCGUCAUAGUUGCUGGUGUGUCUCCAAAUGUCUACGUCUACAUAGUGGCGCAGUUCAUAGUUGGAGCUGCCCUCGGGGGAUAUAGAAUGAACUCCACCGUAUUAGCUACAGAGUGGAUUGGGGUCACCAAAAGGUCCUUUGCUUCCUGUAUGAGCCAGUUGUUUGCAGCUUUUGGACAGUGUGUCGUGGCUGGUCUCGUCUAUGGCAUCCGUGACUGGAGAAAAGCACAGUACGUCAUAGGAGGAGGGCAGGCCUUUGUAACGUUGUAUAUAUGGUGGAUUCCUGAAUCUGCAAGGUGGUUGCUGGAACACGGAAGAACUGAAGAAGCUAAUCAAUUGAUACGUAGAGUCGCAGCAAUCAACAAAAGGAAAAUCCCAGAUAACCUGCUGGACGAGGUCACCAGGGGACGGGAAGUGAAAAGUGGGGGAAUAAAAGCAAUUUUUACCUCAGCAGUCCUGGUUAAAUAUUUGUUAAUUGUAUCUUUCGCCUGGUUUUCGUUAAACCUUGGCUACUUCUGCGUAAUUUUUAAUGUGGGUAAGUUUGGUCUGAACAUCUUCCUGGUUCAGUUCCUGUUUGGGAUCACUGAGAUGCCCGCACAUCUCCUCUGUAUCUGGUUUUUGGAGUUAAUUGGGAGAAAAAAAUCCUUAAUAUCAACCCUCCUGACAGGAGGGGUGUUUUGCCUCUUAACCUUGGCUUUCCCUCGAGACUGCUCUAUUGUUAUCACAGCCCUUGUUACCGCCGGGAAGUUCUUUUUGAACUGGGCAGGUUCAGUAUGUUUGGUCUACAUUCAGGAGUUGUUUCCCACUUCUGUCAGGCAAACUGCCGUUGGCUUUGGCUCUAUUGCCUAUAGAGGAGCAGGCUUGAUGUCCCCCUUGCUCAACAUGUUGGCCAUCUACCACUGGGCCAUACCCAUCUUAGUCUUCAGCAGCCUUGCAGUGACCAGUGGAGCUCUUGUCUUCCUGCUCCCUGAGACCCGGAGAACAGAGCUGCCUGACUCAGCUAAUGAGACCGAGGGCAACAGGUCUAAGGCUAAGACAUGGAACGUUCGUCAUCCUGCAGCAACAUUUGUGCAAAAAGGGCAAAACAUCUCCCUGAACAUGGCGGACUUUGGAGAGAUUCUCCGCACCAUUGGAGAGUUUGGAUUAUUUCAGAAGAUCACUCUUUUUGCUCUUUGCUUCCCAAAUCUUAUCCUGCCUUUUCACUUUGCCAGUGUAUUUUUUAUGGAGUCAGAUCCAGAUAGACACUGUAACACAGACUGGAUCCUUCGGGCAGACUCUAACCUGACCACAGAUGAGCAGCUGAACCUGACUCUGCCCCGAGAGGAUGACGGGACCUUCAGCAAGUGUCAGAUGUUUGUCCCUGUGAACUGGUCUGUUGGUUCCAUCAGGGAGUACGGACUCAAUGAGACCAGAGGGUGCCAGAAUGGAUGGGUGUACUCCAACAUGCUGUACGAAGCCACCAUAGUCACUGAUUUUAAUCUAGUUUGUGACCAGAGUCCUUUGUUGGAAUUAGCUCAAGCAGGGUUGAUGGCUGGCAUUCUUUUUGGUUGUCUCUUAUUUGGACCUUUUGCUGAAUCGUUUGGUCGUAAACGAGCCGCUCAGAUCCCAGUCGUUGUGAUGCUCAUAUUUACUGUCACGACUGGAUUAUGUCCAAACCUCUUUUUGUAUAUGGCAUCCCAGUUCAUUUUGGGACUUGGCUAUGGCGGUUAUCGACUGAAUGGCGUCAUAUUGGCCACUGAGUGGAUCGGGGUGUCCAAAAGAUCCUGGGGAGCAUGUAUUACUCAGCUAUUUGGAGCAGUUGGACAGUGCCUCCUGGCUGGUAUGAUCUACUUCAUCAGAGACUGGAGACUGGCUCAGCUAGUCACAGCAGCUCCACUGGCAGUUGUUGCUAUUUACAUAUGGUUUAUACCAGAGUCAGCCAGGUGGUUGUUGGACAGAGGCAGGACAGAGGAGGCUAAACAGCUGAUUACCAAAGUGGCAGCCAUUAACAAACGUACUGUUCCAGAGUCUCUUCUGGAAAAGAUUGUUGAGAAAAAAACUGUGAGAAAGGGAGGCAUAAUUAUUCUCAUGCAAUCAUCUGUGCUUAGGAAGUAUUUCUUAACCAUAAUAUUGGCAUGGUUCUCCUUGAAUGUUACUUACUACUCCCUUUCAUUCAAUGUUGGAAAUCUUGGCUUGGACAUCUUCCUGACGCAGCUUAUAUUUGGUCUGACUGAAUUCCCAGCUCAUAUCCUUUGCAUAUGGCUGUUAGAAGCACUGGGGAGAAAAGUGUCACUGAUGUCAACUCUUCUGAUCGGGGGAUUCUUGUGCUUCUUAAUCCUAGCUGUUCCUCAAGAUAAUGCUGUUGCUAUGACCACGUUAGCAACUUCAGGACGUUUUUUCAUUAACUGGGCAGGAUCCAUAUGCAAUGUGUAUGUUCAGGAGCUGUUCCCAACAUCUUUUCGACAAACAGCCUCUGGUUUGGGCUCCAUUGCCAGCAGGGUUGGUGGCCUGCUGGCUCCACUGCUCAACAUGUUGGCUGUGUACCACUGGUCCAUACCCACCGUAGUCUUCAGCAGCCUGACACUGGUCAGUGGAGCCCUGGGCUUCCUUCUUCCUGAGACCAGGGGGAAAGAGCUUCCUGAUUCAAUCGAUGAGGCUGAGGGCAACACAAAUAAGACCAAGCUGAAGAGCCAAAGUGAAACAAAGAAGUUUGCACAAACCAUAUCUACCAAACUGUAGACUGAA